AAGCCGACGAGGGAUUUUUGAAACAUUUUAAUCCUCAUCGGAUUAAACCAACACAUUAAUACACCUUAGUAAUCCCAAACCGUCGACCUGACCUGUUUUUAUGCGUAAGAAAAUGCACGAAGAGAAAUUUAUUGCUGUAAUAUGCAUGUGCCUGUAGACUAGCGUUGAAAACGAGCACCUGUUGGUCCUCAUUCACUGUUUUGUUGUUUACCAACCGAUGAUCUGACACGACUGAUUUCAAUAGGAUACGUAUCAAGUGGUGUACUGUUCUAAACGAUUUCUAUGCAUGCAUGUGUGUUUACUUUCGGUCUUAUGAUGUGCAUGCAUAACUCCUACCAAUGUGGUACCACAUGAAAUACAUUUGGAGAAAAUUUCUGUAAAAAAGUUGUGUGCGCCGUUUGAAAAUAUGGAUACACCACGCAGCAAGGCGAGAGGUAAACGGCUGUUGCCGACCUUACCCGCUGACAUACGAGACCGAUGUACUCCUGGUACAAGAGCUGUAUCUUUUAAUGCUGAAAUAAUGGAAACUUCCGUGGGUGGUACAAAAUCGAUCGGUCACAUAAAACCUGACCCACUAAGCGUGUCUCUGUUUAUUGACAGAGGAGACAAGGGUUCUGUCACUGUGCUGUCAAAUAUUGACCCAAGUAUUGACCCAAGUGGUAAAGAAAAUAUUGAACCAACUAAAGAGCAAAACUUAAAUGACAACCAGUUUAAAGUUGAAAAGAGAGUAACAGUAAGUACUGGUAGGGAUCAUGAGGCAUGCGAUAAGAAAAUUACAAUUACUACGAGUGACUUCAGCAGAAAGGAUGAAUGUGAUGCAAAAAUAACAGUUUCUAGGAAUGGAAAAAAUGCAUGGACAGCAACUGGGGAGGUAAGAUCAGAUUAUUGUAAAACACCAGACAACUCCUUUUUAACUCCAGUAAAACAGUCUCGGAGGGUCACAGUAGAGGGGCAUGUAGAUUCAACCAGUAUCGUGGGAGACUAUAGUCCCGGGAUGAAGUCAACACCAUCAAGGAGGUUCACACUGGAUAAUAAGUUCCUCAGCACCCCGGAAUGUUACUCAGCGGUGCAGAUGGAUCUCCCACAGUAUCAGAUGUCUUAUGACAAGUUCCGCAGCGAUUUGAUGCGGCUGGAUGAGGAGGAGGACAGCAGCAGUGUUACAGUGGCUGUCAGGAUCCGACCCUUUCUGCAGAGAGAGAUAGGUGACCAUUUGUCCAAAUGUGUGGUUUCAAUGUCUGGAAAUGAAGCGUUGGUGACCUCAGGUUCUGGUACCGUUCACAAGUUUGCCUACGACUAUGCCUUCAACUCUCUGGACAGUAACCUAGGCGACUAUGCUAGUCAGGAGCAGGUGUACCGCCUCCUCGCCCAGCCUCUGUUAGGGAAGGCCUUCGAGGGCUACAACACCUGUUUGUUUGCUUAUGGACAAACAGGAAGUGGCAAAAGUUACAGCAUCAUGGGUCACGGCAAUGAGGUUGGCAUCAUCCCGCGAUUCUGUGAAGAGCUGUUCUGUAGGGCAGAUGUUACAAGGGACUCGGACAAGGUGAAGAUCAAUGUUGAGAUUAGUUUCUUUGAGAUCUACAAUGAGAAGAUACAUGACCUGCUGGCCUCGUACAAAGAUAAGGGAGGCAAGAAACCUACACUGAAAGUGCGUGAACACCCAUCCCUCGGUCCCUACGUCGAGGGAUUAUCGACCUACGUCACCAACUCCUUUGAGGAUGUUGAGGGCUGGAUUAACCUGGGAAACAAGAACCGGGCCACAGCUGCUACUGGGAUGAAUGACAAGAGUAGCCGGUCCCAUUCUGUCUUCACACUAGUACUCACACAAACACGGACAGAGGAACUGGAGGGAGAAGAACAUGACCAUUCAACCACCAGUAAAAUCAACCUUGUCGACCUUGCUGGCAGUGAGCGCCAGUCCCAGGCCAACACCUCAGGUCAAAGGUUAAGGGAAGGAGCCAAUAUCAACAAGUCACUGCUGACCCUAGGCAAGGUGAUCAGUUCUCUGUCUGACCAGGCCCUCAGUAACAACAGGAAGAGGAAGUCCUACAUCCCCUACAGGGACUCUGUCCUCACAUGGCUACUGAAGGAGAGUCUGGGAGGCAACUCAAAGACAGCCAUGAUCGCCACCAUCAGUCCGUCCAUUCAACACAUUGAGGAGACGCUGAGCACUCUUCGAUAUGCCAGCCAGGCCAGGUCCAUUGUCAACAUGGCACGUGUCAAUGAGGAUCCGAAGGCUAAGAUCAUCCGGGAACUCAGAGCGGAGAUAGAGAGGCUGAGGAACCAUUCUGUGUAUAUGACAGACGACACCCACACAGCCAGCCUCGUGGAGAUCGCCAGCCUCAAAGAGAGGCUCCUGACCCGUGAGAGGGAAAUGGAGGAAAUCACAAGGUCCUGGCAGCGACGAUUGGUACAGUCUGAGGAAAGGAAGGUGGCUGAAUCUAAGCAACUAGAGAAAUCAGGUGUGGCAUUCAAAGUUGACAACAAACAGCCCAACUUGGUGAACCUGAAUGAGGACCCCCAGCUGUCUGAGAUGUUACUGUACAUCAUUAAGGAAGGCCAGACUCGUGUCGGACGCAUGUGUGCCAGCUCGGACCACGAAAUACAGCUCAGUGGCGCCCUCAUUGCCGACAACCAUUGCAUCAUCAACAAUGUUGACAGCGUGGUUACCGUUACACCGAUCGGGGAUGCUCCCACCUACGUGAAUGGUAACUGUGUAUCGGAGCCCUCCAUCCUUCAUCACGGGGACCGUGUCAUACUUGGAGGAGAUCACUACUUCAGGUUUAAUCACCCUAAAGAAGUGACCAACAAGGUGCCGGGGGGAUCCAGUCAUGAGAUGAGAGAUUUUGACUUUGCCAGACAGGAGCUGAUACAGGUUCAGGAGGCUAGAUUACAGGCAGAACUUGAGGAGGCCAGGCGCCAGGCUCAAGAGGAGAUGAUGCAGGAAGUGGAAAAGGCCAAAAAGGAAGCAGAGCAGGUCCUCAAUACACAAAAGUCAGGCUAUGAAGGCAAACUAAAAAAACUGGAGAAAGUUGUUCAGGAUCAGUCUCAGGAGGUCCAGCGUGCAGAACAGUCAAGACAGGAGGCACAGGGCCUCAUAGAGGAGCUCAAGAAACAGAAAAUAAUGCUGGAACAGGAGGUGGUAGCCGGGAGACGACGACAGGAGAUGGAGGCAAAGGUUGCUAAAAAGGUUGCCGGCCAUGUGUCUAGUGAGAAGUCCCCGCUCAUCAUCCUCCUGGAGGAGGAGAAGCAGAAAGUCGCUAGGAGACUGGAGUCACUCAAGCAGAAACGUCAGGAAACUUCACUGUCGAAACGUUACCAGGCGAUGGAUGUUCAGGCAGGGAAAGCUGACCUGUACAAGGUGGCUCUACUGCUCAGAGAGGCUAAUAGAAUAAGCCAGUACCUCAAGAAAAACAUGGAGUUCAGUCGUGAGGACUACAUGGAGGAGACCAACCAUGUCAAGACCCUGAUCAAGGUCACAGACACCAAUUUGGCAGUGUGUACUUUCUGGACCCUACCCAAGUUUGAGGAGAAACUUAUGCAGAUGAGGGAUCUUUACCAGAAUGAUGCUGAUAAUUCGGCCGAUGAUGAAAUCUUUCAUGAUCCUAGUGAUACUUGGGAACACGAUCAGAAAAACUCGCCCUGCAAAUCUCCUCGAAGUCGAUACAGCACUCAGGGGAUGAGUCCCUUCCAGUUGCAGCGGUCUUCCGCCCUCGGUAGUACCUCCAGCUUCAACUAUACUUCCAGCUUCAACAGUACCUCCAGCUUCAACAGUACCUCUACCCUGUGCAGUACCCCGCAAAGCAUGACCAGUGUUGGUGACACCCAGUCAGGUGUAGACCAGGAGAUACAGACGUGUUCCGGAGUACAGACAGCCAGCCUCUGUAUCACACUUGUCAGGGACCAUAUUGAUAACUGCCAUGGAUUCUACUAUGAGGAGAGUAUAGGGGACAAGUUGCUCAACUGUUGUAAUAAGAUCAUCCAGGGAGUGAAUGUCAUACAGAAAUACAGCAUACGCAUACAGACUGCAGUUACAGGUAAGAUACAGAAAUACAGCAUACGCAUACAGACCACAGUUGCAGGUAAGAUACAGAAAUACAGCAUACACAUACAGACCACAGUUACAGUCCUAGAGUCCAACAUUGUAUCCCUGUUGUCAGUCCUAGAGUCCAACAUUGUAUCCCUGUUGUCAGUCCUAGAGUCCAACAUUGUAUCCCUGUUGUCAGUCCUAGAGUCCAACAUUGUAUCCCUGUUGUCAGUCCUAGAGUCCAACAUUGUAUCCCUGUUGUCAGUCCUAGAGUCCAACAUUAUCACAUGA